UAUGUAUAGUAAGAGUAGCCGAGAAACAGGUAAUCGUGACAAAAAAAGAGUACAGUGUACGUCAAUCGGUUUUCUUCCACAGACAUACAAAAAUUCACUGCCUUUCACUGCAGACUGAAUUUAUUUCCAAUAAAAUCGUUAACGUCUUCUGGACGAGCGUCGUAAGAAACUUGAUGAAUCCAGUCAAAUAUUCUCAAUUUGGCUAUCGAAACAGUUACAUGGACAGUUCAUGUUAUCGUUCAAAGAAAGAACAAGCUGAUGCAGUAUAGUCAUAGGCGAUACCACACUCAUAUAAACGCAAAGGGUUGAUGACUUACACUUAUAGCGUAUUAGAUUCCACACUUAUAAGUCUUAAAUUUUUUUUGGUUCCAUACUUAAGUAAAUUAUGCCAGAUAUAAAAUCAUGAAAUCAUAGAAUAGUGCGUAUUACAUACAAGUUAAUACAUUGGAAUAUUAUUGUGGGCAAAAGUUGGGAAUUGCCGCUACGGGAGAUUCAAAUAAAUAUUUUAUCCAUAACAUCGGAAGUUAUAAAUGAGAUUUAUUUUCAAUGUUAGAAAAUAGACGGUUCCUUAAAUCAUUCAUCAUUGAGUAUUCCCGAAUUAUUAGUACCCGAUUGAUGAAUAAACGACUUUAGUUAACGACGAAUAUUCCCAUUGAGACGCAUUGAGUAAUCGUCCGCGCGUUGAUUUGAAAGUUUUCGAGUUUUAGUGAUACUUUUGAAAGAAUCGACUCAUCGAAGCGUGCGAGUUGGUUGCUCGUCGAUAGCAGGCAUCGCAUAUAGAUCCAGCAUCUGAAAUGCGGGAUUCAAGCUGCCGCACAGCCGGUGGGAGGUGAUGUCAAAAUAAACAAUAACUUGCUAUCUGUUGAUCAGUGGUGCUUGUGAGAUUUUGUUCUUGCCAUCACAAGUGCGAGUUAAGAAGAAUAUCUCAGGAUGAGUCGACGAAAGAAGGCAAAGGUUGAAUAUCGGGAGAUGGAGGAAAAGUAUAACCAAAUUGAUGAUGAAAAUGCAUCUGAUACUUCCGAUAAAUCUAAAACAGGCCAAGGCACACCAGAAAAAAAGGUUAUUGCAGAACCGAAAAAGGAAACAUUGGAACCAUCUACUGCACUCAAAGUUGAAGCAAAGGAAGAAGAUGAUCAAGACAGCGAUCAUGAAGAUCCACAUGUAAAAGAAUUACUGACUGGACUAGAAGGUGCUGCCUUUCAAAGUCGUCUACCAUUUGAAAAGCUUACAUCUACAGAGGCGGCUUGUUUUCCUGAUGUUGCUGGGGGUCCGCCACAAACUCAAAAAGUUUUCCUCCACAUCAGAAAUAGACUGCUUCAACUCUGGCUUGAAAAUCCAAAGCAACAGUUAAUCAUUGAGAAUGCAUUACCAGCUGUGGAACCACCGUACAAUAGUGACCUUAUACUUGUUCGCAGAGUACAUGCCUUUCUCGAACGUCACGGUUUUAUCAAUUUUGGUGUAUUCAAACGGCUUAAGCCACUGCCAGUCAAAAAAUUGGGAAAAGUGAUUGUUAUUGGAGCUGGUAUUGCUGGAUUAGCUGCUGCACAACAAAUGCAGCAAUUCGGAUUAGAAGUCGUUGUCCUCGAGGCCAGGGAUCGCGUAGGUGGGCGAAUAGCAACCUUCAGAAAAUCUUCCUAUAUUGCUGACCUUGGUGCAAUGGUUGUAACAGGUCUUGGUGGGAAUCCAGUUACUACCCUCAGCAAACAAAUCAACAUGGAACUACAUAAGAUUCGACAAAAAUGUCCCUUAUAUGAAAGUGAUGGUCAAACUGUGCCCAAAGAUAAAGAUGAAAUGGUAGAAAGAGAGUUUAACAGAUUACUGGAGGCGACAUCAUAUUUAUCGCAUCAGCUGGACUUCAAUUACGUCGGAGGCGCUGCAACGGCUGUAAACCAACAGGCUCAAGGAGUUUCUACACGACCAGUAUCCCUUGGUCAAGCCCUGGAGUGGGUGAUACGUCUUCAAGAGCAGGGGGUUAAGCAACGUCAAGUUGCACAUUUGCGCAGUGUACUUUCUCUGCAAGGCCGAUUAGCUUCGAAUCAACAUAGGAUGAUCGCGAUCAAAGAACGUUUAGCAGAGUUGAAUAAACAGUACAAAGAAAUGUCAGAUAGUAAAUCACAGUCUCGUGAUAUUACUCACGAAUUCGUCCUUCGCUCAAAGCUGCGCGAUCUCAACAAUGCGUGCAAGGAAUGGGAUCAGCUUGCUGAGCAGCAAAAAGAAAUCGAAGCCAAACUACAAGAGCUCGAGGCAGCACCACCUAGUGACGUAUACUUAUCGUCAAAAGAUCGUCAGAUAUUGGACUGGCAUUUCGCCAAUUUGGAAUUCGCCAACGCGACGUCUCUUUCCAAUCUAAGUUUGAAACACUGGGACCAGGAUGACGACUUCGAGUUUACUGGAAGUCAUCUAACAGUUCGCAACGGGUACUCUUGCGUCCCAGUGGCUCUUUCCGAGGGACUUGACAUACGGUUGAAUACAGCGGUAAGGGCCGUUCGUUACGGACCGAACGGCGUCGAGGUUUGGGCUGCGCCCUCGAGAAGUCCUCACACAUCGCACACGGUUUAUAAGGCGGACGCGGUUCUGGUUACUCUUCCUCUGGGAGUUCUCAAAGCAUCCGCCCAACCUUCCGCAGUCGCUUUUAAUCCACCUCUUCCGGACUGGAAGUCACAGGCGAUUCAGCGUCUCGGUUUUGGCAACCUCAACAAAGUCGUACUCUGCUUUGAACGAAUCUUCUGGGACCCUACCGCAAAUCUUUUCGGACACGUCGGUAGCACCACGGCGUCCCGAGGGGAACUUUUUCUAUUUUGGAACCUGUACAAGGCUCCCGUACUUCUCGCUCUUGUUGCCGGGGAGGCGGCUUGUGUAAUGGAGAAUGUUAGCGACGAUGUAAUUGUUGGGCGGUGUAUCGCAGUUCUCAAGGGAAUCUUCGGAAACCAAGUUGUACCUCAACCGCGCGAAAGUGUGGUAACUAGGUGGAGAGCAGAUCCUUGGGCGAGAGGAUCUUACAGUUUUGUAGCUGUCGGUAGCUCCGGCAGUGACUACGACCUUUUGGCAGCGCCCGUCACACCUCCGGCUCCUCCGAAUCAUCCCCCCGGAGCACCACCUCCGUCGCCACGUCUCUUCUUCGCAGGAGAACACACAAUCCGCAACUAUCCAGCGACUGUGCACGGUGCAUUUCUGAGCGGUCUUCGCGAGGGAGGAAGAAUAGCGGACCAGCUCACCGGAAGCCCCUACGCCCCUCCUACCCUACCGACGCCGGUUGUUUCCUCGGCCGGAGUCGUAACGACAACUCCGGUUUCCGGUACAACUCCGUAGCGUCCAUGUCCCGGGAGUCACAACUCGGUUACCCGAUCUCCAAAUGCUACCGCUGAGGAAAGUUCGAAGUAGAGACUAUUCCGUUCGAAAGCACAGGACGGUAAGUUUUAACGGGAAGACAUUAGAAUAUUUAACUUAACUGUACGCGGAGGUAGCGUGAUCAUGUUUUUGUUCCACGAUCGCUGGGACUGAGAUUUGGAAUAUUUGGGUAUACGAUUUAUGUGUGUUUUUAUACCGAUGAGAUUCAGUUGGAAUAAUAGUAUUGUUUCAUCACGUGACUGCCUUAGAUCCUAGUUAUAUUUUAAAACGUCGCACCAGAUAUUACAUUAUUACUCCGGUAUCUGGUAAACGAGACGAUAACGUGUCGUUUCACUCCAAGCAUAGCAGUUCUUUGCUGUUGAAUUUCUAUUUUUAUUUCAUAAACUUUAGCCUCUAGGACUCGGUAUUUCACUUCGAGACGGAAUAAUUCUUGGUACGGGUUGUGAAGGUAGAUAAAUAACAUUGGUGACACGACGAACAUUGGUGAACAUUCGAAAGUAAAUGAUACGUUGAGAAUGUGCCAACGAAAUAUUGUUAUUCGCAAAGUUUUUGGAACGUUAGUUGACAAUUAUCGAGAUCGACAGUUGGAUACUCAUUCCAAUUUAAUGGGCAAUUAGAUGAAUCCGUUUACCAGUGUAUUCAAUUUUAUUGCAAAUAGUUGCUUGAAUAAUCGCCAUUGUAAGAGCAAUUCCAAUAAUAUUGUUGUAAUGACAUAUUUUAUUUCAUCGCUGCCAGUGCGCCGCAUGUGCGUCGCCUAUUGCGAUCAAUUUACUUAUAAUUAGAGUUGUGUGAUAUCCUAGUUGUAUUCUUCUCUUUCAUUUCCACAGCAGAUAUCAUAGUGUGAAUUCACACACACACAUCUUCCUCGUUCAGUGAAUUUAUAAAACAAUACUCUGCUUUUCAUGUAUAUUUAUACUUUAACCAUGUACUACAAUGAAUGAUCAUAUCAUAUCGGCGCACAAUUGUACCCGUAUAUCUGUUAUGAUCAUUAAAUUUGAGUAAAUUUCAUCGAUUGUUGUAACGAAUAAAUUGAAUAAAGAUUGAACAAAUUGUCA